AUGGCUGUGAAUGCUCUUUGUUUCUGCAGCAUGAUCCAUGGUUUGCGCAUAAAAGAUGGAAAAGCAACAUAUGUCUCCCGCUAUGUGAGGACAUCUCGACUUAAGCAAGAAGAGUUUUUUGGAGGAGCUAAAUUUACAAAGAUUGGAGAUCUUAAGGGGAUCUUUGGAUUACUAAUUGUUAAUAUUCAAAUGCUUAGAGAAAAGUUGAAAGUAUUGGAUGUCUCAUAUGGAACUGGGACAGCUAAUACAGCACUGAUUUAUCACCAUGGGAAGCUUUUGGCACUUUCCGAGGCAGACAAACCGUAUGCUCUUAAAGUUUUGGAAGAUGGAGAUCUUCAAACACUUGGAUUGCUGGAUUAUGACAAGAGGUUGGCACACCCCUUCACUGCUCAUCCAAAGGUUGACCCAGUCACAGGCGAGAUGUUUACAUUUGGCUAUUCACGUACACCACCAUAUGUCACAUACAGAGUGAUUUCAAAGGACGGAAUCAUGAAUGAUCCAGUGCCAAUCACAAUACCAGAUCCUAUCAUGAUGCAUGACUUUGCCAUUACAGAAAACUAUGCAAUUUUCAUGGAUCUUCCUUUGUUCUUCAACCCAAAGGAAAUGGUGAAGGAAAACAAGUUCAUAUUCUCAUUUGAUGCAAAUAAAAAGGCUCGAUUUGGUAUCCUUCCACGGUAUGCGAAGAAUGAGCUCCUUCUCAAAUGGUUCAACCUUCCAAGUUGCUUUAUAUUCCACAACGCCAAUGCUUGGGAGCAAGGGGAUGAAGUAGUUUUGAUCACUAGCCGCCUCAAAAAUCCUGAUUUAGAUACAGUUAACGGGACUAUUGAAGACAAUCUUGAAAUCACAAAUGAGCUGUAUGAAAUGAGAUUCGACAUGAAAUCUGGUCUAGCUUCACAGAAGAAAUUAUCUGCACCUGCUAUAGAUUUUCCAAGAGUGAAUGAGAGCUACAUUGGCAGCAUUGGCAAGAUCACUGGGAUGGUCAAAUUUGAUUUGUAUGCGGAACCAGAGCCCGAAAAAACAAAGCUUGAAGUUGGCGGAAAUGUGCAAGGCAUCUUUGACCUUGGAGCUGAUAGAUUUGGCUCAGAGGCUGUUUUUGUUCCUUGUCGGCCUGGUAUUACUUCUGAAGAAGAUGACGGCUACUUGUUAUUUUUCUUACAUGAUGAGAAAACCGGAAAAUCAGCAGUGAAUGUAAUUGAUGCGAAAACAAUGUCAGCUGAUCCUGUUGCAGUUGUUGAAUUGCCCCAUAGAGUUCCGUAUGGAUUCCACGCCUUGUUUGUAACAGAGUCUGGUGAUUAUACUUGUAGUGAUGAAUUGUAUAGUAUGGGUAAUGUGGUGCUUUAUGAUUUCCAUAAGGAGCCGCCUACUCUUUAA